AUGAAACCCUCUCAAAUAGGAGAGCAAACCUUCAGCAACCUGCAGGAAUUUGACCUGAGGAAAUACCAGGCCUCAGAGACAGCUCUCCUGGGUCUGCUGCCGGUGGUCAAAGCCUCCACCAAAGCCCUAGCUGUUUACUUCCUGGUUGCACCUCGAGAGGAAGAUGGCUGCCAGAAAGCUUCCAAACAAAAGAUUAACUUUAAGUGA